AUGUAUGCAAAGUGUGGAAGCUUAUUGAAGGCACGUAUAUUGUUUGACAGAAUGCCUCAACGAGAUGUGGCGUCCUGGAAUGCUGUUGUGCCAAAAUGGGAGCUUUGGAACAGGGAAAUGCAAUCAGUUGGUGUAAAGGCUACUUCAGCAACCUUUGCUAGCAUCGUCCCUGCAUGUGCGAAAAUAGGAGCUUUGGAACAGGGAAUGGAAAUCCAUAAAAAAAUUAUAGAGAGUGAGUUCCCAACUGAAGUGGCUGUAUCUACCCUAAUAGACAUGUAUGCAAAAUGUGGAAAUACACAAAAGGCGUGUAAAUUAUUUGACAGAAUGCAUAAAAAAGAUGUGGCUUCGUGGCCUGGAAUGAUUGUAGGCUAUUCACAAAAUGGUAUUGUGAUCUGA